AUGCUGCGCGCCUCCAUUCUCCGGGCCAGUCCAGCCGUGAGGCCAUUGGCCCGCCAGACCCGCCCGCAAUGGCGCGUCGUCCAGCGCUGCUACGCCGACAACAAGAACCUGGGCGAGACCGCUGUCCCCAACCCGGCGCCCACCGUCACGCCCUCGUCCACGGAGAAGGCGACCAUCCCGUCUUCCGACAUCCCGAAGCCCCCGCCUGCGCCUGAGACCGCAGGUGCAUCGCGCUCGGCACCCACCAUACAGCCCGCAACGACACCCCCAACCGGCCCUGGCAGCGCAAGCAUAGCGCCCGACCCCAAGCAGCCCAAGCCCAAGAAGAAGGGCAGAAUACGGCGCCUCUUGUUCUGGCUCACCAUCCUGUCUGGUCUCGGAUACGCUGGCGGUGUGUGGUACUCGCUGGUGUCGGACAACUUCCACGACUUCUUCACCGAGUACGUUCCCUAUGGCGAGGAUGCCGUCGCCUACUUCGAGGAGCGCGAAUUCCGCAAGCGGGUUCCCUGGCCGUGCUGGGACAGCCCCCGAUUGCAGCCCCAGAAUCUCGUGCGAAGAACAAGUUCAUCAAUCCUCCGGCCGCAGUGGGCUGAGUGGCGCGUGUUGCCGACGAGGGCCACAGCGACCUCCGGAACCAAGGGCCCGCACACCAUUGCUAACGUGCAGGAGAAGAAGCAAGAGGCGGCUCAGACAGCGACUGUGGUCAAGGAGGAGGCUGCUGCGCCUGCCCCAGCAAAACCUGUCAACCACCUCGACCAUCUCGCCGUGCCCGACGCCAACGAUGCCGUCGUGCAGGACGUUGUCAAGAUUGUCAACGACAUCAUCACCGUUAUCAACGCCGACUCCGCCCACGAUGGCAAGUACAACUCGGCCCUCGACAAGGCCAAGUCUGAGCUUGGACGCGUCGUUUCCGACAUCAACCUGAUGAAGGCGAAUCUCAGGAAGGAGUCGGAAGAGAAGGUCAAGUCUGCACACGACGAGUUCGAACAGGCCGCGAAGGAACUUGUCCAGCGCUUAGACCACCAGAUGCAGGCUCAAGAGGCGCACUGGAAAGAGGAGUUUGAGAAUGAGCGCGAACGCCUGUCCCAAACAUACAAGGACAGGCUGCGGUCUGAGCUUGAGGCCGCCGAGAAGGUCUACGAGCAAAAGACCAAGAACGAGCUUCUCCAGCAGAGCAUCCACCUCCAGAAGUCUUUCACCGCCAGCGUACGCGAACGCGUUGAAGCUGAGCGUGACGGCCGUCUCGGAAAGCUCAACGAGCUCUCCUCGUCCGUACACGAACUCGAGAAGCUGACCGCCGAGUGGAACUCGGUUGUCGAUGCCAACCUCAAGACACAACAUCUCGUAGUUGCUGUCGAGGCCGUCAAGUCUGCGCUCGAGACACAAGCCACGCCAAAGCCUUUCGUCACCGAGCUCGCAGCUCUCAAGGAAAUUGCCGCCGACGACCCGGUUGUCAGCGCCGCCAUCGCCAGCAUCAACCCCGCCGCCUACCAACGCGGCAUCCCCAGCCCAGCCCUGCUCAUCGACCGCUUCCGCCGCGUCGCAGCUGAAGUCAGGAAAGCUGCGCUUCUCCCCGAAGACGCCGGCGUCGCCUCACAUAUCGCCUCCCUUGCCAUGUCCAAGGUCCUCUUCAAGAAGUCCGGUCUUGCUGUCGGUCAGGAUGUCGAAGCCGUCCUUGCGCGCACAGAGGUCCUGCUCGAAGAAGGCGACCUCGACGCCGCAGCACGCGAGAUGAACGGCCUGCAAGGCUGGGCCAAGGUGCUGAGCAAAGACUGGCUGGGUGAGUGCAGAAGAGUAUUGGAGGUCAGGCAGGCGCUGGAUGUUAUUGCUACCGAGGCGCGGUUGAAUAGUUUACUUGUGGACUAGACGCGGCAAGCAUGCUUUAUUGUAAUAAUACCUAGAGUCGAUGCAUUUUCCUUGGUUUCUUUUGUUACGAGUAGUGCAGCGUGUGGAUAGUGUACAUGUAGCUUGUACUAUGGAAGGAAGUUUGUUCAAUAACG